AUGGUGGAGAGUAAACAAGUUGAAGAAACAAAAGAUGUCCCAUUAAAUAAGGAUCUAAAUACUAAAACAAAAGAUGAGAAAAACUCUAAAAAAAUUGAAGACACUAAAGAUGACGCGAAAUCACAGGAUAAUGUUGAAUCUUUGGAAGAUGUAACCCUUGAAUCGGAAAAAGAUCCACAGACAAAAUCAGAUUCAGAUGUUGAACCCAAUGAAGAAUCUAAAGCAGAUGAUGAAGUAAAGGAAGAACCUAAAUCAGAUGAUAAAAUAAAGGAAGAACCUAAAACAACAGGGGAUGCCAAGACGGAAGAGCCAAUUGUAAAAACUGAUGGCAAGGCAAAAGAACCAAUUGUAAAGAUUGAAGAGUCAACUGCAGAUUCAAAUGAUAAAGUUGACGAAACAAAAAGUGUUAAAAAUGAAACAAAUAAAAACACAACUUCAAAAGGAGAAUCUAGCAAAAAAACCGUCAAUAUUUCCACUACUGUUCCAAAUGAUACUGUUGAUAUCCCAUUAGAUUCUGAAAAUAAAGAAAAUAAUGGUGCUGGUGAUAAUGAAGAUGAUGAUGUUCCACCUUUACCGGUUAGAAAUUCUUCAGUUUCAAUUCCUAAAGUCACUUCUACAAAUAAAGAUAACUUAUUGAAAAAACCAAAAUCUAUUAAUGACGAUAUUAAUAAAAGACAAAAUAGAGAAGCAUCUCCAAGGUUGUUAGCAAAUCCAAUUUAUAAUCAAUUAAAAGAUGCAUUCCCUAACAUUGAAGAUAAAUAUGUAAAGGCAAUCAUCAUUGCAUCUCAAGGAUCUGUAGAUCCUGCAUUCAAUGCUCUGUUAUACUUAUCAGAUCCAGAAAAUAGUAAAGAUAUUGAAUUGCCAACAAGACCAGCUCACCAAGCAAGAUUAGCCAAGCAAACCUCGAUGUUGAGAAGAAAACUUCAACAAGAAGAACAAGAUGAAAUUUUAGCAAGACAAUUGGACGAGAAAUAUAAUAGAAGAUCUGCCAUGAAUGCCCCACAACAACAACAACAACAACAACCUUCCAUUCCACAAACUCAAGCUCAACCUUACUUCCCAGAAGAUGAAAAUAGAACUCGAACAUCCAAUACUCGAGCACCUAAUGGUAGUGAUUGGUCUAGUGAGCAAAGAAGAAGAGAUCGUGAAAGAAGACGUCGUAACCCUAUGACAGCAGAAGAAGAAAGUCAAUACUAUAGCGAAGAUUUCGAAGAUAGUGAGUCCUGGCAACAAUUUGUAGAAAAGGACUUACCUGAGAUUACAGAUCGUGCAGGUAAAUCAUUACAAGAUACUGCCACUCGUGUUUCUAAUUGGUUUAAAAGUUGGACUGCUGAAGAAGAAGAGGAGGAGGGUGAUGCUGAUGAUUAUGGGUAUGGUGGUUCGAACAAAAGACGUGGUGGUGCUCUAUAUGAAAAAGAUUCUCUUUAUACUAAAACAUAUUCGAAUACAAUGAAAAAUUCAGUAAGACCUGAAAGGCAUAGAUUCAAUUCCUUUGGUAAUACUAUCAAUGAUAAUCAAAGAAAUAAUGAUAGUAUAUUGAAAGCCAAUGGAGUUAAUUUACAUUUCAAUGAUGACGAUGAUGACGAUGAUGACAAUGACGAUGAUGUUCCACCUCAAUUACCAAAUAGAAUGAGAAAGAGCACAGAUGAAGAUCCAAAGGAAGCCAGUAAAGUAGUUGCCUUUUCUAAUACCAUUAAAGUGGAAGAUAAAGAGGUAAAGGAAGGUGCGAAUGCUAAAGAUACUAAGGAUAAAGAUUUAGUCACUGAUGUUGGUAGCAUCAAGAUGAAUACUAUCAAGCCUGAACCGAUCAAUAUGAGUAAUAAUACUGAUUCAAAAAAUCUCAACGAUUUCUUAAUCAAUGACGAAGAUGAUGCUUGA